AUGGACUGGGAAGAGCCCAUGGAGACUUACGACUUGAACCAAGAACAUGUUAAACCACGAAAACGGAGUAAGGCAGGUUCUGCAGCUGAAGAGGAGACACGCUCUUGUUCUGUCCCAGUGGGUCAUUUUUGGUAUGUGAACCACAUGUACAAGGAAGAAAUGAAACGUAUUGAGAAAGAGAACGGAGUUAAAAUUGAAGCAGAGUUAAAGUUGAAAUUUCAAGUAGACAAAAAACAUGGGAGCCCAGACAAUGCUCUAAAAGAGUUUAAAAACCUCAUGCAGAACAGUAUAACUGAAUCCAGUGGCUCAGUUAUUCCUCUCAAGUUCAUUGAUCCAGAUCAGUGGAGAGAUGCACUGAAAACCAUCCAGAAAAAUAAAAAUAAACUUUUGGUUACUCUGACCUCUGAAACAAUGACUGUGCAAGGGCCAAGACGUAGUCAAGAUGUCAUCAGUAAGUCGUUAUUUGGAGAUACAAUGCAGCAUACAAACACUCUUGCUUUUCUUGAAGAGUAUGAGAAAAAGAUCCAAGACACAUCACUGAAGACUGACAGGACCACCAAAGACUUGUGGCCGAUGACUACCUCUUGCAACAAGGAAGUAGACAGGAUCAAAGCUGGGUUUAAUGUGGAAAUCAAAGAAUCAGACAUUAGUCAAGGAAAAGUUGGUGUGAAAACUUUAUGCAAACAAGAUAAAGGACACUCCUUCAUGAAGGACUGCAGUCUCAAUUCUGCUUUCCAACCAGACCGCAUGACUCACUGUGACUUACUGAUGAAGACAAACUGCAUUUCUCAAUCAGAGGGGGCCUCUAAUGAACCUGUGUUGAAUGGCCAAUCAGCAAACAGGAUGCACAGUUUGCUGAUUGACCUGACUGACAGUGGGACAACAGCAGGUGACCAAAAGGAUGAUCAGUGUCCUAUAUGUUUGGAUAAAUUCAAAAACAGGAAACGGCUCAAGUGUAAAGAUGAAUUUUGUGAAGACUGUCUGAGACAAGCACUGGAGGCGAAUGGGCCCAUCUGUCCUGUAUGCAGAGUCGUCUUUGGUAAGAUAAUAGGAGACCAACCAGAUGGAAGAAUGUCACACCAGACAUUACGCACUUCCCUUCCUGGAUACUCAGACUGCGGCACCAUAGUUAUCAACUAUGUGAUUCCAAGUGGAACACAGACGGCAGAGCAUCCCAAUCCUGGUCAGCACUACUCAGGUAUUCAUAGAACAGCAUGUCUUCCAAACAACAAAGAGGGCAAUGAAGUGCUGCAACUGCUGAAAAGAGCGUUUGAGCAGAGGCUCAUUUUUACUGUGGGGACAUCCAGAACAACUGGACUGGACAACCAGGUGACCUGGAAUGACAUUCCCCACAAAACAUCCACGUCAGGAGGACCAGAUUGCUUUGGGUAUCCUGACCCUGAGUACCUGAGCAGAGUCAAAGAGGAGUUAAAGGCCAAAGGCAUUGAGUGAAGUGUUUGAUACAAAGUGCAGGUGGAUUAGAAAUCAAAGACGUUAAAAACAAGAUGACUCUUUAAACAGACACUGAAUUUCAAAUACUCUGUUUUGCACUUUUCUCUGUUAAUGUUUCAAAUGAUCAG